CCAUUGUUGGGAAGCAGUCUGCGACAUCGACGUAUUCUUAACCGAAACUUUUCAGGUAACCAAAGGUUGCUUAAAGCCGUUCUUGUAUUGCCCUUUGGAUAUAUUUUUCGGAGGGAAAUAUCUGUUGUAAAGUCGGCAGUUGAGAGAACAACUUAACUGUAUCAAAGAAGAGAGGAAACAGGGAGGAAAACUUUACAGGCAAGGAAUUCCGUAAUUCUCUUUCCUCCAUUUUGAACUUUUAAACUUCCAAGUUUUUCUAGCGGGUUGUUAACGAAUUUCAGACACCAUGACGACCAUCAACACAGCUAACAUCAACUUUAAAUGGGACCCAAAGAGCCUAGAGAUCCGUACUCUGGCAGUGGAGAGGCUGCUGGAGCCCCUGGUCACCCAGGUUACCACUUUGGUAAACUCCAGCAACAAAGGCCCAUCGAACAAGAAGAAGGGACGCUCCAAGAAGGCUCAUGUGCUGGCAGCCUCAGUGGAGACAGCGACCCAGAACUUCCUCGAGAAAGGAGAAAAGAUUGCAAAGGAAAGUCAGUUCCUCAAGGAUGAACUGACUGCAGCAGUGGAAGAUGUCCGCAAGCAAGGUGACUCAAUGAGGCAGGCUUCUGGAGAAUUUGCAGAAGACCCCUGCUCCUCUGUGAAGAGGGGCAAUAUGGUUCGUGCUGCCAGAGCCCUCCUGUCGGCAGUCACACAUCUGUUGGUGCUGGCAGACAUGUCUGAUGUCUACAAACUUCUACUGCAGCUUAAACUGGUUGAGGAUAGUCUGGUGAAAGUCCGUAAUGCAGGAACAGAGCAGGAACUGGGGAUCCAAUAUAAGGCCUUGAAACCAGAGGUGGACAAGCUGAACAUCAUGGCUGCCAAGAGACAGCAGGAGCUUAAGGACGUCCACCACAAGGAUCAAAUGGCUGCUGCUCGUGGCGUCCUACAGAGGAACAUCCCCAUGCUGUACACAGCGUCUCGUGCCUGCCUGCAGCACCCUGAUGUGGCAGCCUACAAGGCGAACCGUGACCUGAUCUACAAGCAGCUGCAGCAUGCAGUUUCAGGCAUCUCCAAUGCGGCCCAGGCUACCUCCACUGAAGACUCAGCACUCAAUCAGCCAGGAGGAGGUGGAGAGCUCGCCUACGCCCUCAACAAUUUUGAUAAACAAAUCAUUGUGGACCCCCUGGCGUUUAGUGAGGAGCGCUUCCGUCCCUCCCUGGAGGAGCGCCUUGAGAGCAUUAUCAGUGGUGCUGCCCUCAUGGCCGACUCUUCCUGCACACGUGAUGACCGCAGGGAGCGCAUCGUGGCCGAAUGCAAUUCUGUGCGCCAGGCUCUUCAGGACCUACUGUCCGAGUACAUGGGCAAUGCUGGAAGGAAAGACAGGAGUGAUGCUCUGAACACAGCCAUCGACAGGAUGACAAAGAAGACCAGAGACCUUCGCAGACAGCUGCGUAAGGCUGUAAUGGACCAUGUCUCCGACUCCUUCCUGGAGACCAACGUCCCCCUCCUGGUCCUGAUCGAAGCUGCCAAGAACGGCAACGAGAAAGAAGUCAAGGAAUACGCGCAGGUGUUCCGUGAGCACGCCAACAAGCUGAUAGAGGUGGCCAACCUGGCGUGCUCCAUCUCUAACAACGAGGAGGGAGUGAAGCUGGUCCGGAUGGCAGCAUCUCAACUGGAAACUCUUUGCCCCCAGGUGAUUAAUGCAGCGUUGGCCCUUGCUGCCAAGCCCAACAGUAAGGUGGCCCAGGACAAUAUGGAUUUGUUCAAGGAGCAGUGGGAGAAGCAGGUCCGCGUCCUCACUGAUGCCGUUGAUGACAUAACAUCCAUUGACGACUUCCUUUGUGUGUCUGAGAACCACAUCCUAGAGGAUGUGAAUAAGUGUGUCAUCGCUCUGCAGGAGAAAGAUGUUGAUGGUUUGGAUCGCACUGCUGGGGCUAUUCGAGGUCGUGCUGCCAGAGUCGUCCACGUGGUGACUUCUGAAAUGGACAAUUAUGAACCUGGAGUCUACACAGAGAAGGUCUUGGAGGCCACCAAGCUGCUCACUAACACAGUCAUGCCACGGUUCACGGAGCAAGUGGAGUCUGCAGUGGAGGCCUUGAGCGCAAACCCCUCACUACCUGUGGAUGAAAACGAGUUCAUCGAUGCUUCCCGUCUGGUAUAUGACGGCAUUCGCGACAUUCGCAAGGCUGUCCUCAUGAUCAGAACUCCAGAGGAGUUGGAUGACUCUGACUUUGAGACUGAGGACUUUGAUGUUCGCAGCAGGACCAGCGUGCAGACAGAGGAUGACCAGCUCAUUGCUGGCCAGAGUGCUCGGGCUAUCAUGGCCCAGUUGCCCCAGGAGCAGAAGGCGAAGAUUGCAGAACAGGUGGCCAGCUUCCAGGAGGAGAAGAGCAAGCUGGAUGCUGAGGUAUCCAAGUGGGACGACAGUGGCAAUGAUAUCAUCGUGUUGGCCAAGCAGAUGUGCAUGAUCAUGAUGGAGAUGACAGACUUCACCAGGGGGAAAGGGCCGCUGAAGAACACAUCUGAUGUCAUCAGCGCCGCCAAGAAAAUUGCAGAGGCAGGAUCAAGAAUGGACAAGCUGGGUCGCACCAUCGCUGACAAUUGCCCCGACUCUACCUGCAAGCAGGACCUGCUCGCCUACCUGCAGCGUAUUGCCUUGUACUGCCACCAGCUCAACAUCUGCAGCAAAGUCAAGGCUGAGGUUCAGAAUCUGGGAGGAGAGCUGGUUGUCUCGGGGCUGGACAGCGCCAUGUCCCUGAUUCAGGCUGCCAAGAACCUGAUGAACACAGUGGUGUCCACAGUGAAGGCCUCCUAUGUUGCGUCUACUAAGUACCAGAAGAACAAAGGCAUGGAGGCCCUUAAUAUGCCUGCUAUUUCAUGGAGGAUGAAGGCCCCCGAGAAGAAGCCUCUGGUGAAGAGAGAGAAGCAGGAUGACGGUCAAACCAACAGAGUCAAGAGGUCCUCUCACAAGAAGCACAUCAACCCUGUGCAGGCUCUGAGCGAGUUUAAAGCCAUGGAUAGCAUCUAGACUCCCCUAUUCUUUGUUAGAGAGAACAAUAAAUAUUGACCAAGCAGUUUAUAUUAUAUAGAUUGAGUUUGUCAUUCUAUCAAAAAGAAAAGGUUUUGACAUAUUUGAAACUCUUAUUCCAUCUUUGCAUAGAUGGCCAUUAUAUUCCUACUCUGCCUCAUUCCUAUCACGUAAGAUCGGGUUUUCUCUAGUCUGUAGCGUUAACUGUUUCUUCUGUGGAAAAUACAGUUAGAGGGAAAUCAACUGGACAAAGGCAUUUAAAAAAAUAUAUAUUUCCCAUAUUUUUUUCAUGUGUAUGGGAGAAAAGUAAGUGGAUUUCAUAGAUAUUGUAAGAACUAAUUCCAAGAGACUUGAUUAUUUUGUAUUCUAACCGGCUUUAUAGUAAUUCUGUGGGGUCCCUGGUGUUUUCCACUAUAACGUUUGAUCAUGACAGUAACUUGUGUAACCAACACUUCUGUACUGCAAAUAUGAACUAUGCAAAAUCUUUAACUCGAGCAAUAAUUGUAGUUAAUUUUUUGGAUGUGCAGAGCUAACUGGUGAGAUUUUAAAUAUGUUUUAGUCCAGCCAAAGUCGAUAUAUUUCCAUGUGUGCCUGCAUCUUUAUAACUACAUUCAUACUUGGUUAUGCCACUAAAUACAGCUCUUUGGAGACUAUUUUACGGACUCAUGAUUUGUUGCCCUCCUUUCACAUUGAGACUAGUGUUUUGUCAUCUCUUUAUAAAUGCGCAUCUCACAUUGUUUGUUUGUUUUUCUUCAUGUUGACAAGAUGCAGCAAACCAAAGGUGAAUAUUCUUCCCAGCCUUCUGUUUUGCUACAUAAGUGGUACAUGUGUUUAAAUCUCGCACUAAAGGCACACAGAUCCACCCAGUCAGUCAAACUUAGAAAGUACGCCUCAACAAAUCUAAGUAUGGGACAACACAGUGGGCUAAACAAUGAGUAGACAUGUGUCAGUCCUCUCCAUAGCUGACACGCUUCAUUAAUUGUCAAUGAGACCAAACACCUCCACAGUCUAAGAAUGUGUUCAAAUUGAGGGAUCAAUAUGUUUUCAUUGCACAGCCUAGAGGUGGGCGAGGAACGGAGAGGAUUUCACUGGCUUUGAACUCUGCUCAUUAUUUGUAUUCUUUGUCCUUGAGCUUGAACGCUAAAUUUUAUGUCAUGCACAAUCUUUGUAAAGACCUAGAAACAUUUUGAGAUUUUGCCAGGUGUCAGAGCUUUAAAACGGUUAAUAAGAGAGGGUUUUUUUUAACUUUCAACUUUGAGAUGGAGCUGCUCUGUGCAGCUAGUUUUCCAGUCAUACAUAGUAUUCUGCUGCGUAGUGGUGCAUUGGUGUACAGCGGGGCUUUGAAGUCCUGCUGCUUUGGUCUCGGGGCUGAAUCUUUGUUUUGCUCGUUUGACAUUUAUGAACGGUAGCAGGAUGAGCGUGUUUGACAGGUGGAUUUUUUUUCUUUUUUUCUUUACUGUAGAACCAAUCAUUUUCCAGGAUGUUUUUCACUACAUUAUUUUUCCUUACAGUUUGUCUUUUGCUGUAUUUGAGUUUGGAUUUGAAACUGGAGUGAUAUCAAACUACUUUGCUGUGGAAUUUUUGUUAUUGAGAGCUGACUUAUUAGUGCACACGUUUCUUAUAUUCAUGUGCCUGCUUUAUAUCUUAAUAAACAACUGAAAUGAA